UAUAUUUUCAUCCUAUCUUAUCAACAAUUUCUGAUUUAAAAGGUAGAGUUGCCAAUGUUUCAUUUCACUUGUACAUUGUGAUUCAAAAUAGUUUCUGAGAUUACCUACUUACAAAUCUUUCCAUGGAAUCAUCUUCAUCCUUGAAAAACAGUGAUGAUAUUUCUGUAUCCGAAACAAAUCAAUAUAAAGAAAUCCAACUCUCAAACCUUGAACAGAAAAAAAACUGGCACCCAGCUCAAAACCUCCAUUUAUUCAAAGGCUUCUGGUUCUACCCAACCGAGUUAGAAGGCCUAAUUUCAUCUCAAGAACAAUUCAAACCUCAACCCAACGACAUAAUCCUCUGCAACUAUCCAAAAUCCGGCAUGACGUGGCUUAAAUCGCUGUGUUACGCCAUUAUGAAAAGAACCCAAUUCACCGAUUCCACCGCAAAUCGUUUACUCACUGAGUUACCCCAUAACAUCGUACCAUUCCUCGAGACACCAGUUCAUAACGAUCUUCCAUUAUGGGCCACACACAUUCCUUUUACUUUACUUCCAAAUUCCAUCGUUAAAUCUAACUGCAAAUUUAUUUACAUCUGCAGGAACCCUAAAGAUGUAUUAAUUUCGUUAUGGCAUUUCAUUGCCACCAUCGGCGGGUCUGAAACGAUUCCGUUAGAAGAAGCGUUUCAGAACUUCUGUGACGGAGUUUCUGCUUUUGGACCUCAUUGGGAUCAUGUACUGAGUUACUGGGAAGCGAGUUUGAAAUAUCCUGAGAGGGUGAUGGUUAUUAAAUAUGAAGAUCUUCAGGCUGAUACGUGUGAGUUGGUGAAGCGAGUUGCUGAGUUCAUGGGCUGUGGGUUCUCUGUGGAGGAAGAGAGGAGCGGGUUAGUGGAGCGAGUUGUGGAGCUGUGUAGUUUUAAGAGUCUGAGUAAUUUGGAAGUGAAUAAGAGUAAGAAAUGUUUUGAUAUAUGGCCGAUUAAAUUUGAGAACCGUGCAUUUUUUAGGAAGGGUGAGGUUGGGGAUUGGGAGAAUUAUUUGACUGGUGAAAUGGCUACGAAGUUGGAUGAAAUUGCAGGGAUGAAGUUUGGUGGCUCUGGAUUAAGCUUUACCUGCUAGCUAGCUUUCUCUAUAUAUUUGCAUGUUUAAUUUCGGAAUAAUCUAUUUACGAGUCCCUAAACUAUACAUGUUUUGUUUAUCUGGUACUUAAUUUUUUUUAUCCUUAUCUAAUCUGAUCCUUUAACUAAAUGAAAACGCAUUUUCAAGUUCUAAAUAACAGAAACGACGUUGUUUUGUUAUUUUCGAAAGUGCAAAUUGUUACUCUAAAUGACGUCAUAUUUAUAGAUCAGUGACUGAAAAAUAAUUUUUCAAUAAGUUGAAAGAUCAGAUAAAGAUAAAAUAUAGUUUAAGAACCAGAUAAACAAAACAUAUG